UCCAUGUUACGCACGAACGGGGCUCGAUCUCGCCUAGGAUGCCUCUCCUGCCGGCGUCGCAAGAAGAAAUGCGACGAGGUGAAGCCCACCUGCGCAGCCUGCUUGCGCAAUGAUCUUCGGUGUGUCUGGCCAGACCCAAGUCUACCGGCCAGCGGAUCUGGUGUAGGAUCAACCCUGCAGCAGCAAGCGGCUUCCAACGCUAUCCCCGUACCCGCUUCAAACGCGUGGGCCUUGGCUUCGUCUAGUGCGCAUCACAAUUUACCGAUUGCCACCAUUCCUGCGUCACUAUCUCCAUUUUCUGUGCCUGGAUCAGUGCUCUCUGGAGCAGAAACUUGGAGACUUCUCGAUCAUUAUCUGAAAGACACCGCGAAUCGACUCACGUGUUUACAAGAUAGCGCCAACCCAUUUCUUCAUACGCUACUGCCCGUUGCUCUGGGGGAUGAGUUGCUAAUGAAUACAAUUCUUGCGCUGUCAGGGGUUCAUCUUAUGCAACGACUCCCUGAACUCAACUCAGAUCUGCAAUCUUUGACGUGGUCAAGUUACACAAGCGCAUUAAAGCAGCUUCGAAUUGCGCUGCCGGCCGCUUUCGGUCAGGGCAGUAGUGUAGAUGCAGCGUGGCGAGCUUUGCUGGUCGUCCUCAUAUUUUAUCUUUUGGAGCGAUGCAGAGUCACUCUAGAAGGCGCCCAUCAUUUGAUGGCCUAUGUGAAAAAUUCAAAUAUCACCCCUACCCAACCCAGUAUCGUAUCUUUCGCCACUGAUCUUUACAUUUACAACGCUGCCCUCGCAUCAUUCACGACGAAUUGCCCUCCGACAUCCAUUAUGUUACCAAGCACCUGGACAAUCUCUUCCUCCGCCCCAAGUCCUGAGAUUGGAGUCCUGUGCGGUUGUGCCCACGAGCUAUUUACUUUAGCACCAGAGGUUUCUGCUUUGCUGCGGGAAGAAUCAUCUCAAGCUUCCUCGCCUACUUCCUCAGAACAAAGUCUCACCAACAAAUAUCACGACUUACGAGCCCAAAUCGAAGAAUGGAAACCCCGCAGCGAUCAGCAAGAACUAGUCCUCUGCGCCCAGCUGUAUCAGCAAAGCCUUCUUCUCCUUCUAGACUCUCGCUUUGCCGGUGAGAAUUCCCAAGAAUGUAUUGACCAAGCAUUCCAGAGUCUGGAAUCGUUACUAUCACAAUUACCGCCCACCUCCCCCAUCGCAACUACAGCCACAUGGCCGGUUUUCGUUUUCGGUGUAUAUGCCCAGAACCCGCAUCAGAAAGAGCUUACCCGUACAUACCUUCGAGACCUCGUCAGAGUUUUUGGGAUGGGAGUUAUGGAAGCUGCGCUUAACCAAUUGGAGGAAGUGUGGGCGGCAGAGCCAGGGCAGAUUGUCCCUAGCAGGUUUUUUACGAACGAACAUGAGCUGCUUAUGCUUUGCUGA